ACUUUAGACUUUGGAGAAACCUAAUUCCCAAAAUAGUGACACACGCAACACAAUACAACACAAGAAGAGAUGGCAUCCAUUGCGACCCAUUUCUCAGCCUUUCUGUUACUCUUCCCAGUGGGCCUCCGCCGCUUGCACUCCUCCUCCUCCCUCUACCUCCACAGCCCUUCCCAAUUCAGAUCCAAGCUAUGGUACCUCUCAGAUCCCAAAUGGAAGAAUCUCGAUCUCUACGCUCUCCUCAUUACACUCCCGAUCGCCUCAUUCUCGGAGCUUUUCCUCUUCCUCUCCUUCUCCGGCCACCCUUCUUACAGGUUCUCAUUCUUCCAACAGUCUUUCGCGCUUCUCGCUUUCUGGUUUUUGAUUCUCUUGAUCAUAGUCCACGAGUACAACGCCACGUCAUCACUCAUCAGUGAAACCCUUGUGUACGUUCUCGGCGGUGUUGUUUUCUUCAUGGAGUAUUCUGUUAUGGAAACCGGCGUUUCAGGUCUCGCUGCUGACGUGUACGGAUUCAUAGGUUGGCUGGCUUUGCUUUGUGCCGGUUCUUGCAUUUACUUGUCGUUUAAACCGUCUGCUUUUUUUGCGGAGUUCCUGUUGUGUUGCGGAUUGGUCUUCAAGGGAACAUGGUUGUUGCAAGGAGGGUUUUUGCUUUACACUGAUGCUCUUGGAUUGAAAGGGUGUAAGAAGAUUUCCUCUUUGUUAUUAAUGUCAACUCAGGACGACGUAGUUGAUGUGCAUUGUGAGCUUGAGCAGGAUAAGGCUAGGGGUUUUGCAUUGGUGAAUUUCCUGUUCACUCUUCAUGCUCUUGUGGUGAUGGUAUUGGCUGUUGGGUUGGUUGUGGUUUUGGGAAGGAAUAGGAGCUUGAGAACUGGUGGUGGGGAGGGGAAGGGGCCGUUGCUAUCUGAGAUUGAAUCUACGAACAUUCGGAUGCGUGCCCUUCCCGAACUGGAGAUCGAGUGAGAGUUAUUGAUUUCUUGUGGUUUUGAUGGAAUGUGUUCAAUGUGUCCCUCGUUAGGUACGCUGUGAUUCCCACCCCCCUUUUAGUUUGUUGCCCAUAUUUCACAUCAAGAUUCGAAAAAUAUAGCAUUGAUAAGAGCUUGAUUUCAUGCAUACAUUGCAACUUCUUUUACAAUGAGAUAUUAUUUAUGAUUAGCAAAACCUGAGAGGCAGAUCCAUAGGAAAAACUACAGACAAACUUUAGGUGUUGGCCGUUGCGUAUUUUGUGUAGUCAAAGAUGUUCUCAAUGUUUUACUUGAUCCAGAGUUUGGGGUGGCAAGGGUGUUUUCUUUUGUCACAGAUCUGAUGAUUCAUGAUUUCUGAGUUAUAGUCAAUUCUCAAUAGCAUAGCAUUCUUUAUAGACUUCUACUUAUAUAAAGUUUUAUUUUUUUAAAUACAAUUGUAUUGCUGAUAAAUUUGAGGUAUGAUUCUACUCAAGAAACACAUCGGAAGUUAGUGAUCUUUCACUUAUAGCAUCAUCAAUAAGAACAUGAUUUGGUCAGCUAUUAGAUUUUAAUCCUUAUAGGAACAAUACAGGUUGCUUCUGUUUUACUUAAUAAUUAUAUACUUUGGAUGUGCUUCUAGCAAUUGUCUUAGGAAGGAUCUGUAUGCUUAAAUCAGUUGCUUUGUUGUAAUUAAAAGUUCUAAUACAAAGUGAAGAUAAAACAAUUUCCUAUUCUUUUAUCUUGUUUAUGCGAGUAUUCUCAAUAAUUAGUUAUAUAUAAAAUCUAUCGAAAGCAAAAGCAAGUAAUUUUGGUUCCAGACCUCUGUUUUGACUGUUGUUGAACUCUAUAGUUAUAUUUAAUUGUGUUGGUUCUGUUUUAUCUAUGGAAAAAAAGGCAAUAGAGAAUGCAUUUUUAUUCAUUUUUCAAAUUAUUUUAUUUGGAGAUACUUCAUUGUAUUUUGGUGUGACUUAUCACUUAUGACUAAUAUUUAAUUCAUUUAGAGAACGAAAAGUGCCUGAUUGUGUGUCAUAGAAGAAGAAUGACUUAAUUUUAACAUGCAACUGAUACAUGUCUAUAAUUUACUAUAACUUUUUUAAUCCCAUAAAAUGUAGUGGUCAACACUAAACAAAAAUUUGUUGUUUAGUUAUAGUUCUGUUAUGGAAUUUGAAGCCUAUGUUGUAUACUCCUAUUCCUGUUUUUAUAUCAGAUUGGAACAUUUGAUGGCCUGGAUUAGAAUGUACUAAUAACUGCAUUGUAGUACAGCAUCCAUAUGGUUUAUCUCCUUUGGUAGGAAAGUAACCAGAGUUGCAUGUCAUCAUUUGGUAGUGCAUUCUAAUAUAAUAGCUAAACUAAGCCUUGUAUUCAGUGGGAUCAGCUACAUAGAUAGCACGAUACCAUUGUACUUUGUAUAAAAUUAUAUCUGUGUUUACCUAUUUAUAUUUAAAUAUAUUUCAGUAAUUUCAUUUAAGGUUUUCUUGGAUACAAAAUAACAGCAGCACUGGAUAAAGAGAUCUAAUAGUGCAAUGAUAAAUGUUUAAUGUGUUUGGACUUUGGAAAAAGAUGAAAGAUUAAACUUUUUAUUUAUCUCUUUUUCAUAUAAUUAAUUAUGCGAUAAUUAAUUUAUCAUUUAUGUUUGGAUUGUUUAGCAAUAGUGAUUUUCAAAUAAUCUGAUUUGUUUGGUUUGUAUUAAAAAGAAAAAAGAACUAUUUUUGUGUGAUAGAAUUACUCGGUGUGUUUGUUUUGGCGCUGGGGAGGUGAAAAGCACAUUCAAGUUGCUUGAAUGCUUCAAUUUUUGGUUUGGAUACUUUUUGCUUCUUGUGAACACAGAUGAAACUUUGCUUUCAAACCCAGGUUUUCAGGAAGCAAAGAUUCUUAGCUUUUGUGUUCACAAACCAGCAUUCAGCCAUUAACUCUAAACCUGUAAUUUCUUUCUAUCAAUCAUAUCUUUUAUACAUGUUAUUGUUUUAUUUAUGAAAUUUUUAUUGUUUCUCUUUAUGUGAAUUCUCUUUUUUUUUUUCUUAUUUAUUAUUUUUUAUUUUUUAUUAAUUUUUAUUUGGUUUGAUAUUUUACACUUAUUGGGAAUCUUGUGUAUUAUAUUUAUUAUUUUCUUUUUUUUAAUAUGAUUUAUUGAUCUCAUUAGAUAAAAUAAAUUAAACAAAAAAAUAAUUAUAAAUAAUAAUAAUAGUAAAUAUUAUAGCGUAUUAAAAAAGAAUAUCAAGAGUAUUAGAAAAAAAAUAGUAUAUAAAAAACAUAUUAGAAAAAAUAUCAAAAAAUUAAACAUGGUUAAAAAAUUACAGUAUAAUUUAAUGUCAUGUCUUUUUUAGUAAUUAUCUAUUUAAAAGUGAUUUUAAGUAAUAUUAUCCAAACAAUAUUUAUUUUAUUAAAAUCAGUUUUGGCAAUUCUAUGACACAAACUCACUCCUACCCAAAAUCAAUUCUAUAAUAUCACUUUCAUUCAAACUCCAAUUUAACAAAUACCAAUUCAAACACACGCUAAGACUAAAUGGUCAACUUACUGUGUACGGUCAACUUAAUAAAAUUAUAGCAUUUUGGGUAAAUGCUUUUUUACAACCAUGCUCAAACAAUAUCCUUCACUUGUUUCUCAAGAAAUAGCUGAAAUGAUUUGAAAUUAAAUGCUUUUAUGGUAUACAAAUGCAAAAAUUUAAAAACCGAAAAAAAAAAGAAUUUCACUCUUACUUAUGUCUUAUACACAUGCACUCCUCUCCUCCCAUAACCACCUCCUCCCCCACUCAGUUGCCAUUCUCUCUGUCACACCCGCCACCAUCUUCGUCUUUGCGCUAUGUAUUUGCCACUAAACUAUAAUCAAACAAAACUUGGUCGUCUUCCCUGCUUUUACAUUUUGGCAAAGUGCAACUCGAUGAGGGUCUUUUCCUUGUUUCAUUUGUUAUUUCUUUUCUCCCAAAUACUCGAUUUCAAGUCUGAUUUAGGUCUUGUGUUUGAUUAUAAUUGUGUUUGAUUAUACAUACCUCGGAUUCGCGAUUUUUCUGGACGCAUCAAGUGUCAUGUCACUCAUCAUGGUCGGUAACCAAUUUCUCAUCACUGGAGAGUGCUAUGUUGACACCAAAUGCGCACCAAACAUGUAGACUUUCUGCAAAAUUUGUAAGUAAUGUGCAAAGCAAAGAGUUGCGAGCAAUGGGGUUUGGAUCCCUCUUGGAUAUUCCCAAGGGGAAUUUAAACCAUAAUCUGAUUUUGGCACUUGCAUAAGCAUAUAAUCCUUUGAAAUUUUAGCUCAUAAACUCGAUAGGAAGAGGAGAUAUUACUUUGGAGUUUGUUGGAGCUGUGUUAGGAUUGCCUUCACAUGUUACUGAAGAGCAUGAACCCAUGGUUUCAGAACUCAAAGGGAAUAAAAAUUCCAAAUCAAUUGAGAGAUAUCAUGGUAUAAAAUUCAAGAGUAUGUCCAAGGUUUAGGCAAGCUUUCUUUUUGUAGCAUUAACAUUUUUAUUGCCAAUAAAUACAACUAUUCGGGAGAAAAUCUUGUCGUUUAUAAUUGAUGUUGAUAAUCCACUUAAGUAUAAUUGGAUUAGAUGUAUCGGUGAUUGCCUUGUUGGUAAGAUUUCAGAGAAGGGUUGAUCUCAAAUUUGAAUGGAUGCGUGUAUGUGCUAUAGAUGUUUGAUUUAAAUUUUAUAAUUGGAUUUUCUCAUUAAAAUCCUAAUUCCUAUAUUUAUUUGUUUCAUUAGUGUCCCAAUUAGUUAAUUGAAGAAACUGUUGAAGUGUUUUUUGUAACAAUCCAAUUUCUGGUAGGUUCAUGUCACUCGUUCAUUAGAUGUUACAUCCUAGUAACUCUUAAACACCCUAGACUCUGUACUAUUAUUUACAUAUAAGCUUGUCGUUUUAGCAAAAUUGCAUAAGUUAGUCAGGUUUAUACAUAUUAUCGCCGUUAAGUUAGAAUCACUUACAGACCUCAGCAAAUAUAUAAAACUCAGAGUAUAAACUAAGGCGAUAAUAAUAAAAAUAAGAGAAAUUCUCCAUAU